GCCUGUCAUAUGACUCUGACACCCAUGGACCACGCAGUUUCAAGGAACAAUCGUCCUCGGGCUUGAUCAGAGAAGCUCUGGCAGACGCUAGACUUCUUGUACCGAAUUGAUUUUGGUACACGAUGCCUCCGACGCUGUUUCAGAAACUUUUCAACAAGAAAAAUAACGCUUUUUCCUCGCCGCCUCCAAGAUGUAACAAAGAGGAGCCCGCGUUCAGCUGGCCGGUGCCGCAGCUGGAGCCCUGUCAGAUCCGGCUGCUCGUGUAUCAGGACUGUGAGCGCAGAGGCAGAAAUGUGCUGUUCGACUCCAACGCAAAGAAGAGAGGAGCAGAGGAGACCAACAUCAAUAGUGCAGAGGGCCAGGGGAAGAUGUUUGGGAAAUGCUGCCAACUGCGCUCCACAGGGGGCAGCAGCAGCUCCCUGGACAGCUCCUCGUCCUCCACUGAGACGCGGGAGACGAAAGAACAAGGAGGCCUGCGCUUCCAGGGCUCGCGGUGUUCGUCAGAUGUGGUGAUGUUGGGGGAGAUGAUGUUUGGGUCCGUCGCCAUGAGUUACAAAGGAUCAACACUAAAAAUCCACCAGAUCAGGUCUCCUCCUCAGCUGAUGCUCAGUAAAGUGUUCACGGCUCGUACUGGGGGCAGUGUGUACGGGAGCCUCAACACGUUGCAGGACAGCCUCGAGUUCAUUGGGCAGGACAACAACACACUCCGGCCAGACGCUCACACAGGCCCCAACAGUCUGCUCGGUUUCUCUCAACUCUGCAGUCCUCGUCGGGCCUUCUCUGAACAGGGCCCCCUGCGCCUCAUCAAAAGCGCCUCUUUCUUUUCAGGCCACAGUCACCCCAUGGACAUGCCCGGGAGAGGACUGCACGACGAGAGGGACAGCGGCAUCGCACGCUCCGCCUCCCUCUCCAGCCUGUGGAUCACUCCGUUCCCCUCCCCCGGCUCCUCCCUGAACAGCAGCUGUGCGUCCAGUUACCAGCGUCGGUGGCUCCGCAGUCAGACCACCAGCCUCGAGAAUGGGGUCUUCCCCCGAUGGUCAGUGGAGGAGAGUUUUAACAUGUCUGACGACAGCGCAGGGCCCAGCCUCGGUGUGGCUCGUAAAAAGAAGAUUGCAAUCGGAGUCAUCUUCACACUGUCUUCAAACCCAGAGGAGAACAGCCGCUUCCAGGACUUCUUCUUCUCACACUUCCCCCUCUUUGAGAGCCACAUGAACAAACUGAAGACCGCCAUCGAACAGGCCAUGAAGAUGAGCAGGAGGUCUGCUGAUGCAUCACAGCGAGCCCAGGCGUACAGCCGCAUGGUGGAGGGACUCAACCACUUCAGAAACACGGUGUGUGACCUGUACACGAUGCCCCGCGUGUCCGAGCCCGUGUGGCUGACCAUGAUGUCAGGCGCCUCGGAGAAGAACCAGCUCUGCGGAACCUUCAUGAGGGAACUGAGCUUCCUGAUGGAGCAGGCCUCCAAGAACCAGUUCCUGCCCGCUCUGCUCACCGCCGUCCUGACCAAUCACCUGGCCUGGGUUCCCACGGUGAUGCCCAACGGUCAACCGCCAAUCAAGAUCUUCCUGGAGAAGCACUCGUCUCAAAGUGUGGACAUGCUGGCCAAGACACACCCCUACAACCCGCUCUGGGCUCAACUCGGUGAUCUGUACGGUGCGAUCGGUUCCCCCGUGCGUCUCUCUCGCACUGUGGUGGUGGGGCGCAGGCAGGAGCUGGUGCAGAGGCUCCUCUAUGUGCUCACAUACUUCAUCCGCUGCUCCGAGCUCCUGGAGGCCAACGCCCCGGGAGAGUGCGAGGACGAGGCCAUCGUGAUGCCCGGCUCCCUCAUCACCACGGCGAUCAGGAAGGGCGAGGUGGAGGAGUCGGACUACGUUCUGGUGACGGUGCACAAACCCGGAGAGCAGUACCUGGCCCAGAGUCAGAUCUACGCCUCAGAGCAGAGCCUCCAGAGCAGCCAGCGCCCAGAGCCAGAGAGCGGAGCAGCAGAUACACUGGAGGAAACGCCCAAAGAGGAAGAGGAGGACGAGGACGACGAAGACAGCAGCGAGAGCCAGGGGUCCAGGAGCAGCGUGCUUCAAUCUGGACACGGCCAGUUCGACUCUACCGAGACCGGGGUGGCGUCCGACUCCCCGCCAACGGUCCGCAAACAGUCCAGCAGUCCAGUGGGCGCGGACCCCAAACUGGAGAACGUGCUACGCGUCGGAUCGGCGUCUCCCAGGGAUUUAAAAGUCGACGUUUCGGCAUCGCCUUGUCUUUCGAACGCAGAGGCUAAAGACUUGGAAGACGUAGACGCCGGCGUAGCGAGUCAACCUGCGAAACUGCAAGCUCAUUUAGAAAAGAAACCCCCGGAUAAGGCGCAGGCCGGUGCCAUGCCGGUACCGACGACGAGCACAGGUCCUAUGGGGCUGCCGGACGCUCCAAAAGUGACAUUUCUGAUUGGAGAUUCGAUGUCCCCGGAAUCCGAUACGGAGAGCAGAGGCAGGCGGAUGGCGGAAGAAAUCAAAAAACACAAAAAAAUGAUUCUACAGAAAGGUUUUGCGCCAAAUCUGCCUCAGGACCAAACCAAAGCGACCAACGACGCGACUCCGCUGCAAAGAUCGACCAGUAAAAUGUCAGAAUGGACGCCUAGCCUUAUAGAUGAUUUUGACGAGUAUUUUAGCCCCGAGAAUCCAGUCGAAACAAGGACUAUAGACGAUUUGGUAAAAAGAUGCGGCAACACGGACAGUUUAAGCAAAGACCAACUGACUGUAGGUUUGUCCGGGGCUCGUGGAGCGGCGAGGAGUCCAAACUUGGGUCCAUGUUUAGAUUUUGGACAAAACAGGACUACAACGAGCAAAGGCGAGACGCGGUGUAGGUGCGGUUCAACGGACUCUGCCGAUUUUAGCUGUAGGAGCUGCGGCGGGAGCGGGAGGUCGGGUUUGACGAUAGGGGUGCCCGUGUUACCGGAGGACGGCAGGAGCGGGGAGGGGAGAGAAGAGGACCAAAAGAGGAAAGGUUUGCCGCUGGUGGACUGGGACAUCCCGAGAAACGAGAGCUCGGACAGCGCCCUGGGGGACAGCGAGACGGAGGAGACGGAGGAGUGGCAGGAGGAAGUGCUGCCUUUCCCCGGGUCAAAGUUGGCGGAGACGUACUCCAGGCCGAGCAUCGCCAACUUCGGCCGCUCUCUGUUCGGGGGGUACUGCCCCACCUACGUGCCGGACUUUGUACUGCACGGAAUGCCCAGCGACGACAAGCUCCGGCAAAGCCUCACGGGAGAGCUCGCCCACGCCGUGCAGCACCCGGUGUUGGACGAGCCGAUCGCGGAGGCCGUGUGCAUCAUCGCGGACACGGAGCGCUGGAGCGUGCAGGUGGCCAGCUCCCAGAGGAGGGUCACAGACAGAGACCGACUGGGCAAAGAGGUCCUGGUCUCCAGCCUGGUCUCCAGCCUGCUCCAGUCCACACACCAGCUCUACCGGCUCAACCUCUCCCCAAACUUUUGUAUAAUGCACCUUGAGGAUCGCCUGCAGGAGAUCUACUUUAAGUCCAAGAUGUUGGCCGAGUAUUUAAAGGGACAGACCCGAGUCCACGUCAAGGAGCUGGGAAUGGUGCUCGGAAUCGAGUCCAGCGACCUCCCGCUGUUGGCCGCGGUCGCCAGCACCCACUCCCCGUACGUGGCUCAGAUUCUGCUAUAGUCUCUCCAGUCGACUGUGAUCGAACCAAACUCCCUCAAAAAGCACCAGCGGGACCGGCGGCCGUCGCGGCGCCCGGGACUCCUUCACCUGCUGCUGGACAAACAGGAAAACUACACGCGGGCGGGUUUUCUACACUAGGGGGCGCACGCGGACACUUACGGAGCGAGUGAGGACGUCCUGCUCGAUGUCUCCUGUUUUUUCGAAUGUUUGCCUGCAAGAACUUUGUGGAUACAAGCCAAAGACUGUACAAUUUCUGUUCUGAAACGUUCAAAUGUCUACAACAAUACUCUAAUAACCGAUAUUUAGUUUUACAUACAAUCUUUGAAAAGAAGUCAACAGAUAUUUUACAUUUAACGUUAGAUAAUGUUUCUUCACUUUAUUUUUUUGUAUUUGUUUACAAGACAGAUUUCUCAGUAGUUCAUUUAAAGCUGCGCGAUGUCACUUUUCUGGUAGGGGGUCCCGUAGCUGCUCGUCUCCACGGUGAUGUUAUUACUGUGCCUGAAAAGUUCCACAGUAUGGCUUAUUUGUUUAGCAUGCUCACAGCUUGUCUCUGCACAGAUCUGACCUGUAACCUGGUAACCUGAUACACAGUGUUGGGAAGGUGACUUUUAAAAUGUAAUCCCCUACAGAUUACAGAUUACAUACCCCAAAAUGUAGUUUGUAACAGAAUCCAUUACAUUACUUAAAGUGAGUAAUGUAAUCUGAAUACUUUGGAUUACUUGAUUUGCUGUAGAGAAGCAAAGACGAGGAAAUCUUCACAUAAGAUAAAAAAUAUUGAUAUAUUUUAUAUUUAUAUUAGAGGACAAGACAUGUCAGCAUGGUUUAGUUCUGUUAAAUCCUGUUUUAGUCCUGGUUUAGUCCUGGUUUAGACCUGGUUUAGACCUGGUUUAGAUCUAGUUUAGACCUGGUUUAGAUCUAGUUUAGACCUGGUUUUAGUCCUGGUUUAGAUCUAGUUUAGACCUGGUUUAGCUCUAGUUUAGACCUGGUUUUAGUCUUGGUUUAGAUCUAGUUUAGACCUGGUUUAGUCCUGGUUUAGACCUGGUUUUAGUCCUGGUUUAGACCUGGUUUAGUUUCCAGCAAUGAGUGGAAUUACCGAAAAAAAAUAAUAAUAAUAAUGUGAAAACAGGAAAAUCCCUCUGUGUAAUCCAUUUAUUUCAACAAAGUAACUGUAAUCCAAUUACCACUCACUGAAACAGUAACUGUAACUGAAUACAGUUACUCAUAAUUUGUACUCUGAUUACAUAACCCCAGUACAUGUAAUCUGUUACUCCCCAACACUGCCGAUACAUCUAAUGCCGUACUGCGGAACAUUGUCAUCAAAGCAACAUCAUCUCUGUGGAGAAGAGCAAGUGUCAGAUACAUUCCGCCAGAAAAGUUACAUAUUGCAGCUUUAAAGACACUUCUAUAAAUAUGAAAAAGAAAAAUAUUGUGGAAAAUUUAAAUCAGUAAUUUUACAUUUUUAAACGGAAAAAAUUAUUCUGUUUGUAAUUAUUGUGGCUAAAAUAUCAUCGAAAAAUAACACUUUUUUUUUUUUUUUUUUUUUUAAAGAAUCAGAAAUGUUUUGUAGAAAGAGCAUAGAUUUGUUUACUGUAAUAAUUCAAAUUUUCCACAACAUUUGAAUUUACGAACACAUUUUUGAACUCAGUCUGGGUUAGAUUUGACUUUCUGUUGGUACAAAAAUGGCAGGUUUCACGAUGGCUCGAUCUCGUCGGUACAGCAGCUCUACCUCACCAACACCGAGGUCGUCAUUUUAUGGUGUUUGGAAUCAACUCGGACCCAACGCUGUGUUCUUCUAUUGGACAAAAAAAAAAAAAAAACUGAACUGAUUCAUUUGAGUUUGUUUCAUUUACAAAAACAAGUUUCUUUUACAAACUUGGAAAUUCUACGCCACCGAUUUCUAUAUUUUAAAAUGCUGAAAUAUUUUCUCACUUUUAUAGCUUUGCCACAUUUUGUACGUGUUUACGGCAGGUUUUUUGCUGGAGUUUAGGAAUUUUACAAAGGAAAUCCCCCCGACAAGUCUAUCUGUUCUUCCAACAAGCGUAUACUGUUUCUGUUUAAAGCUGCACCGUGUAACUUUUCUGGUGGAGCGUCUCAUUUUAGCCUUAAAGGUUGUAUAGAGGAUUUUUUAAUGAAAGUGAAAUACAGCGACAGUCCUUUUUCAGAUAUUGUGCAUGCGUGACACCACCUUCCUCCUCCACCUCAGUAGAAACAUCUCCUCCCGCCUCUUUACUCUAGAAAUCACGCUUUUUUUACAGCCAGUGCGCGUUCAGAAUUACUGUUGAAGUGACCCGUCUAGAAAUAUUUUAUUUCAUUUUUUUUAGACCCUUCGUCGGCUUCAGUCGCGCCAUCGCUGGAAGGAAUCUCCAAGAAUCACCUCAGUUUGUCUUCGCUCCUUUUCCCGUUUUCUUCUUUCAGCGACCUCAAAAAAGGACUUUCUCUUGCGGCGAACCGGUCGUGGAUUCUCGUCCGCCGUCGCGACAAACUUUGUGCGAAAUGCGAGGAAGCGACAGUUCGAAAAAGCCUCUAAGAACCGCUGCGUAAACCACGUAAUCCCAGCGCUCCGACGAGUCAGUUACACUAGGGAGUUUGAUUGACAACCUAACAGCCAAUAGAAAAUGAGGGAGCCUCGUUUUCUAUUGGCUGAUGUUUAUCUGGCUUCACUACGUCCACAGUUGAUAGAUUUUCAUUCUUUUUUCUUUUUUUUUGCUCAUCAUAAUUACAAGGCUGCUGCGUCUCUGUAAUGGUGUUUUAAACUUUCACUGACAAUUUGAAACAACAACAAAAAAUCCUCCAUACAACCUUUAAAUGUUCCACAGUAUGGCUUUAAAUUAGUCUAUCAUUCGUAAAUUCACUCACAGGUAUUUUUAUUGGUAGAAAUCCAUUGUAAAAAAUAUGUCAUGUAAAUGUUUUGGGGGUCACUUUUCCACAGACCUGACCUGUAAACUUGGAGCCUGGACACUGAUCGGUUUAAUGCCAUACUACGGAACAUUCUAAGCAAACCAGAAAAGUGACUUGGCGCGACUUGAAUGUGACGACGACGCGACUUCGGAUGCGGUCGCCGGGGUGCGGUGCGGUAAAGGACGGAAAGACCGGUCGCCGUAGUGACGACUUAUUUGUAGUCGCGCUUUAAAAUCGGCAAAACGUUUCGGCCCUCGAGAAGCGGUGGCGCAGUGGUUCAGCGUCAGCCACAAACACGGAGGUUGGCAGUUCAGUCCCAGCUCAGCCCGUAAUGUUCCACCAUACUGCAUUAAACUUAUCUAUCUCCAUGGCGCAGGACUUUUUGUUUUGGCGCGGGACUUUUUGUUUUGGCGCGAGACUUUUUGUUUCGGCGCAGGACUUUUUGUUUAGGCGCGGGACUUUUUGUUUAGGCGCGGGACUUUUUGUUUUGGCGCGAGACUUUUUGUUUUGGCGCAGGACUUUUUGUUUUGGCGCAGGACUUUUUGUUUUGGCGCAGGACUUUUUGUUUUGGCGCGGGACUUUUUGUUUUAGAGCGGGACUUUUUGUUUUAGAGCAGGACUUUUUGUUUUGGCGCAGGACUUUUUGUUUUGGCGUGAGACUUUUUGUUUUAGAGCAGGACCUUUUUGUUUUAGCGCAGGACUUUUUGUUUUGGCACGGGACUUUUGUUUUUGGCGCGGGACUUUGUUUUACCGAAUCGCACCCUGAAACGACCCGAGUCUUAAACACAAACACAAGGCAGAAAUGAGACCUGAUUUUGCUGGUACAUUUUGGGAAAAUCUUUUGAAACCUCUUCACGUUGCUGUAUCCUCCACACGACUCUGACGGCCCUCUCCACUGUGUCGACAAAGUUCACAUUUUUAUUUGUAAAUGGUAAGUUAUUGAGCGUUAAAAGUUGGAGCUGUACAUACUGGGUUUAUUUACAUGUAUUUGUACAGAAUGUCUAAAGAAUUGUCUCCUCAAAUUAUUUUUUCCCAAUUUUAUGGGAAUGUUGUGCAAUAAAACGCCUAUGUUUAAACAGC